UUCUGUCGGGAAAGGAAGUGUUUCGCAGACGCGAUAUCCUUCGCCAGCGGGAAAGAAGGGGUUCAAGGGUGCCAGUCAUCCUUGCCUUGGAUUGAUGUGUUCCUAGCCCCCCGAAAAGAAUGUGUGUCCAUUAGGUGUCGUGGUCGGUGUCGUAGUACUUCGGUGUUUGAUGUUCGGUGUUGUUUCCUCCCUGGAUAUUUUUGAGUUUUCUGUGUGUAUAGUCGACGUCGUGUUUUUUACGUGAAAUCGUGAAAUUGGAGAAAUUUUAAGUUCCUGAAGGGAGAAAAGCACCGUUUUCGUCGUAAAAGUCUAAAUUCUACGUGUGACUGUAAAUAACUUGAUGUGAAACAAGUCGUGGAAAUCCGUUUCUUUGGUGAACAACAAAAAGUCGUAGUACUGUGAAUGUCUCAAAGUGGUAUUAUUAAUUUCAUCCAUUUGAGUGUCGUAACGUGUCACAGUCAGUGUGUAGCGAAAGAAAUCAGUCAACACUCAACUAUACGCCAUUAAAACGCCACUUAGUGAAGGGGAACCGCACAUUCUGCCAGAGGAGAAACCGUCUAAUUAAUGCCCGGUGCGUGUUGCCAGGAAUUAAAAGGAUCCAGUCAACGGAAUUAAUGAAGGGAAGCCAAGAUUGUUAUCAGUCGACAGUUUCGCUAAUCUGAAAACCACAAGUGAUAGACCGUUCGUUUCCGUUACUGGUUGAACUGGAGAACUCACCUUGCGGAGGGGUGAUCUUCCCCCCAUUGAAGAAACCAAUAAAUGUAACUGAUGGCGGUAAAUUAAAUUAAAAAGCCACAAUCAAAUAAAGUAGCUCUCAACCCGCAAAAAAAGAGUUUGCCAUGGCUUUCAAAGUGAAACAAUGAAUAUCAAGUGAAAGUGACCCACAAGAUAAGAAAGGACGACCGUGAUAGCUCAUAAAAAUAAACUGAAAGAAAAUUAACAGCCGGAAAUGGUUUUGGCGGAAGAAAAAACUGACAAAAGAACUGGCAGCUGGUCGAAACCAGAGUGUUUGGGUAAUUAAAGCAAAAACGUUAAAAAAAAAUCGAGCAGUCGCAGCAGCAAAGCUAGUGCCAUCGUAUCAACGGGUCGAAUUUGAAUGUAUGUGUGCCUGAGUUGACCCAUUCGGUCGGAAGAAAAUCAAAUUCCGAUAAACAUCGGAUUUUAAGGCUUUCGAAGGCAAAAGAAUUCCAUUUCAAGAAAACUAAAAUUGAGUUCCCCAGCUGGAACAUGUGUUCUCACGUCUCUCAAGUGGGGUUAUAAACAGAACCAACAAAUCGAAUCCGAAGCGGACAAGUGAAAGUGCGACCCUAAAAAUGUCAAUUUGUGCGAGAAAUGACAUCAAAUAAAGUACAGUGUCCAUUUGGAUCAGUGUAAAUGCGAUAAAUAAAGUAGUAAAAUAAAAAAAAAAAAACACCAAAAAGCAAAUAAAGUGCGUGCAAAUAUGGGGCCAAUCGACGAUUGGACUCACGAGUGAGUCACAGAAAAAAAAAGUGUGAAAAAAUCUCUCGGUUUAUUUGGUAAUCGGGGUAUGGUGUGCGUGAUUCGAACUCGCUCAGCUGGGUCACAUCAUACCACCAUCAAGAGAAUCCCACUCGGCAGCGUUGACCAAUAAACCACAACAAACAACAACCCUCCUCGUGAAUCGUACGACCCACCAACCAACAAUGACUACAGCAACAACAACGAAAACGGUACUGUGGUGACAACGACAAGUGAUAAAAUGAGCCUCCCCUGAAGGAAAAGAAGAAGAGUGAGAAGAAAAAGUGCGCAGUAAGUGCCGAAGAGGGAGGGGACCCAGUCACAAAUCAAAGUCGAAGGAAGAUAGUCGGCCCCGUUGGAAGGGGAGAGUGGGGUGAGGUUAUGUGUGUAAAAACGAUGGGUCGGUUGAAGCCAAAUAUUGUUAUUAUUAUUAUUUUUUCUGGGGCGUUCUUUCAGUUGGGAGCAUCAGAUGAUAGCGGAAAUGCGCCAUCACCAGAGUGCAUUAUUAUCCUUUCAGCGUGUUUAAAAUGGCCCCGAUAAUGACAUUAUCCUUAGACAAUAAGAGUGCAAUUUAUUCGGACAAAAAUGGAGGUGCGAACAAUAGGACGGUUAAUAGGCCACAGUUAUCACGCGACAAAAAAUGUGUCCGAAUCAGUGCAUAUAGUGUAUAUGAUUUAUCCUCGACGGUCGGCUUAUUGAUUUCGAAUGUUGAGCGCGAAUUUUAAUAUGCGUGACGGAAAGCCGAUAUUAAUCAAGUGGUUCAUUAUUUUCAUUAUUGCCGUUGUUAUUACCGAGCUUGGUUGGCCAUCAACGCGUUCGGUUUCGGUCAGCCGCAGACUGGGCUCGGGCUAAAAAGACCCCAAACCACCCAAAAGGUCGUGUUUUCCGCAAGUAUACGCGUGUGAGUGCAUUAAAACUGAACCUGGCACCGGAGAGUGCCCAUCUCACGAGGGCCGGUAAAAAUCCUGACUAAUAAUGGCCGAUUAUCGUCAUCUGCCACCACAUCACCAAGCUCGUGGCGGAAUGUACCAUCCGUUGGCAAACCACGGAAUGCUCUAUCCACCUCAACCGGCUCACGCUGGUUCAACACUGGGAAUGCAACAACAGCAACAGCAGCAAUCCCAGCAAAGACAAGCAACGAUGAAUCCUCAUUCCCACCAACAACAACAGCAACAGGCCCUAAGUCAUCAUCCUCAGGGUCCUCCAAUCCCACCUCCUUUACCUCCGAUGCUGCACCACCAGCAGCAGCAACAACAGCAGCAGCAGCAUCCUUUGAGCCAUCUACCCCACCCACACCCUGCGGCAGCCCAUCACCACCACCAUCACAUGCUGACGAGGCACUACCUCGGGAUGCAUGCCGGACAUCCGCGGUUGCACGGGCUCAACAUGACCACCAGUAUGCCGCUGAAUGCAAAUGGUGAACCAAUCAAACUUCCGGAAAAUUUAGAAAGUUUACCACGGGCUGACCAUUUCCCAACCCAGCGACAUCGGUGGAAUACUAAUGAGGAAAUUGCAGCCAUUCUCAUCAGCUUCGACAAACAUUCCGAAUGGCAGUCGAAAGAGGUGAAAACGAGACCGAAAAGCGGUUCAAUGCUGCUGUAUUCCCGCAAGAAAGUUCGCUACCGACGAGAUGGCUACUGUUGGAAGAAGCGGAAAGAUGGCAAGACAACUCGCGAGGAUCAUAUGAAGCUUAAGGUACAGGGUACCGAGUGCAUCUACGGUUGCUACGUCCACUCGGCCAUUCUUCCGACCUUCCACCGGCGUUGCUACUGGCUGCUGCAGAAUCCGGACAUCGUCCUGGUCCACUAUCUGAACGUGCCCUAUCCGGACGACAACAAGAUGGCGGUCAUCACACCGAAUUUGGCGCUCUGGGGUGACAAGAAGGAGUGGACCAAGGAGGAGCUGGUCAGCCAACUGAAGCCGAUGUUUUUUCCGGCAGUUUUCAGCGAAGAUGAACCGGACGCGACGAAUGAGAUUGAGAUCUCGACUGCGGAAACGGUGGAAGCCAUCGUAAGUCAGCUGAUGGAGAAGCAGAGGUUGGCGAGGCAGUCUGCGUUGGUGAAGCAGCUGGAGUGUGGCUGUCCGGAUGCGAACUGUGUUGAUGGGAAGAGCUGUUCGCAUCCGAUGCGGAGGAUCAGUGCUGCCAAGAGCGACAUGGGCAAAAGGCCGGAGGGUGGACAUAUGGGCGGAACGGCGCCCAAUGUGCUGAUCGGAUCGAGGAUGUACCCCCGUUGGAUUGACAACCGUCGUGCUCGGGAAACCCAACUCCAGCAGCAGCAGCAACAGCAGUCCCACAACAAUGGCCUCCUUCAAGACGGCAACCGAACCUCGCUCGCCCAAAAGGACAACACUUCGAUACAUUUCCAAGUCAUUCCUACCUCUCAGCAACUGAACCACUCCAGCAGCAACAACAAUCCAAAUUCAAUUAGAGCAAUUGCCGGCAAUCACCCCCAUCAUCAUCAACAGCAGCAGCAGCAGAAUCCUUCGUCGGCAGUGGUCAGCAGCAGCAGCAGCAGCAGUAGCAGUAAUUUAACCCUCACCCAGCAUCUCAACUCUUUGAACGCCAAUAACACUAACUCACAAUUAACAAGUGUCAAUAGUCAUAUUACAAACGGACUGGUCCAGAGCAAUGGUCAGCAUCUGGCCGCGGCCCAGCACCGAAGUCAUAUGAUCAUCUCCGGCAAUAAUUCGUCCUCCGCGCCGACGACUUCCGGCGCCAACACCAACGUUUCCUCCUCCAACAAUCCUCAAUUAAUCGCGGGUGGUCGUGACCCCAGCAUAAAUCUAACGGCCUCUGGCCCCACUAAUGGUGAGGCGACUCAUAUAUCAAUGCUUGGCCAUCAUCACCCAUCGUCACAGGCGGGGGCUCGCUGUUCUGGUACAACGACGGCGAGCGAGGGUGUCAAUCAGAGGUCAUCAUCGCAAGAGCAACAGCAGCAGAGACAAGAACCUAAUGGUAAUAACAGCAACAGCAGCAACAACGGUGGUAACAAUAGCAAUAAUAAUGGUGUUGGUGGUGCCCAUCAUAAUCACAUUACGGUUAAUAAUGGUGCGGUCAGCAGUGCGUCAAUGGUCAACACGAAUGGGGGCGGGGGAACGCCAUCGCUGGUGCUCAGUUUGUCACAGCUUCAAGGCAAUCCCGGAAGUCUUCUAAUCUUGAACGGCCAACAACAAUCCUUCGUAUGCCAUCCGUCCCAACAACAGCAACAGCAGCAGCACCUGCUUCAGCAACACAAAUCGCUCUUAGAUGCAAGCUCUAAGAAUGAUACUCCUAACAGUAGUAGCAGUAGUGGCGCUAGCAGCAAUGGCAGCGCAAACAGCAGUAUCAAAAUGGAAAACUCACCGUCCGAUGGAUCGCAGCAUAGCGGUCUGAUUCCGAAGCAGGAAAUCAUGGAGUCGUCCUCGUCGCCUUCGUCGAUGGGUCAGAAUCAUCACUCGGGAUCGACGAAGCAGUUCGAGAGUAUGUUCGGGGGAUACUCUGUGCGGCAUAGUUCUCCAGGAAGAAACGGGCAUCACGACAAUCUGCCGUUUUUCAAUGAAACGCUGGACUUGUCACAGGAGGACAUCCAGAAGACGUUGAGCGCCAAUAUGCCUCUGGGACAUCAUGGUCAUGGGACGGCUGGAGUUGGCGGAGGUGUUCAGUCGGGAGCUCAGACAGAUGACGCCAUGAAUGGAGAGAUCAAUCCAAUGGAUUUCAUAGAGAAUUGCGGCGAAAGUCAUGAUCCCGUAGAUGACGACGUAUUUGUCAACUUGGAUGCGUUCGAUAUGCUGGUGGAGUUCCCGGAGUUGGAACUGGACGCGAAGAGUUCGUUUCUGAAUGGUAGCGAAACGGGAACGGAGGCAGGUGGAGACAUUGAUGACGGAGCAAGUGACUUGAGUCAUUUCAAGCUGUCGGCUGAUAGUGGAAUCGUGGUAGGAGAUGAGUUGACGAGUAGUCACCAUUCGAACGAGUCUACCAUUACGGACUUCAGUCCGGAGUGGGCUUACCCGGAAGGUGGCGUAAAGGUGCUAGUAACGGGGCCGUGGAAUACGGCCUCGUCCUAUACAGUAUUAUUUGAUUCGUUUCCGGUGCCAACGACGCUGGUGCAGAACGGAGUGUUGAGGUGCUACUGUCCAGCACAUGAAGUUGGAAUUGUGACGCUGCAGGUUGCCUGCGAUGGCUAUGUGAUAUCGAACGGAGUCAACUUUGAGUACAAAUCUCCGCCCAAAUUCGAAACGAAGUGUGAAGGAAACGGAAACGACAUGUUGUACAAGUUUAACUUGCUGACAAGAUUGGAGUCCAUCGAUGAAAAGCUUCAGAUCAAGAUCGAGCCGGGCGAAUUGCCUGAAGAGUCGGUCCUGUUCAAACAAACAAACUUCGAGGAUCGUUUGGUCACUUACUGUCAAUCGCUGACGGCCAAGAUGUGGAGAUCGGUAACGCCCGGAUCUUGGAUCGGAAAACAUCGAGGAAUGACGUUACUACAUCUGGCAUCGGCCUUGGGCUAUGCCAAACUGGUUCGCACGAUGCUGACUUGGAAGACGGAAAACUCCAAUGUGAUACUUGAGGCAGAGAUUGACGCCCUAAGUCAGGAUCAAGAAGGAUUUACGCCUUUGAUGUGGGCCUGUUCACGAGGUCACACCGAAACGGCUCUCGUCCUGUACAAGUGGAAUCAGAAUGCGUUGAACGUCAAGAACUGUAUCCAUGAAAGCCCGCUUGAAGUUGCCAAGAAUCGAGGAUUCACCAAUUUGGCGGCAGAACUUGAGAAGCAUGAACUUCAGCGACUCAAAAGCAAAAUAUCACUGGUAACGACCAGUGGUUCUCUUUCAACGAUGACCUCUAUUCCUUCAUCAUCGUACUCAACUUCUUCCACUUCUACCUUAUCUACUUUGGCUUCCAGUGCCACCUCUGAUUCUUCGUCUGUUCCUUCUUCUGCUUCCUUAACAAAUCCUUCCACAUCUUUAGCUAACGACAAUAUUAGUAGAAGUAGUGGCAAAGGUCGCAGAGAUAGUUGUAGAUCUGCCGAAACGGCCCAUGAUAAUAGCAAUACUAACGAUAUCGACCGUAACAAUCAUCCGGACGUCAGUCCGGAGCACAAUUUUAUCAACGAUUUGUUCAACUAUAACGAUGCCCUUAAUAGUAGCAGCAGCGAUAGCUGCAGCAACGACAACUUUGCUCUCUCGUCCUCGUACAAUCCGUCUCUUUCGCCGUACAGCGAUUUGAAGGGAUCGUCUAACGGAUCAGGACAGGCUGCAUUGUCAUCAAACGGAGCUCUGCACUACGCGCUGGAGAACAACAACUCCAAUCCUAUGUUGUCGAACGCUCUGUCACCGAAUUCUGAUAGCAAUCGAAGUCACGAUGGAGUGUUCCUUCGGCCAGGAGCUGUUUUCUCAAGCGGUCAAAGUCCACCAGGAGCUCGCCUGUCCAAAAGGUCAUCUGUCGACAGUGGAAUCAACAUGGAAACGCGAUCUAUGAGCAAGUCCGGAAAAUCUCUGCGAGAUGCUCAACGCUUGAACAGAACCGACCGUAGCAUGUCGCUACCGUUAGCUUCUGGAUCCAGCGGAGGCUACUCAUCUCCAUUUGGGGGAUCUUCUAUCACAGGAACGAGCAGCGGUAACAAAUCAUCCAACGGGAACGGUGGAGCUUCCAACAAUUCCGACUCGGACAACUUCUCGCUCUCGUUGAACGAUCGAACCACGGAGUCUCCGUCGCAAGCUUCCAGCAAUCUGAGCAACAGUUCGCUGCUCUCACCGCUGCGUAAAAUGGACUUCGCUCUGUGUGAAGUCUCGGCGGCGGCAGGCAGUCCCAUGUGCGAGGACACCGACUCGCUGCAGGAGGAUGAACGACACUCAUCGAAUGCGGCGGCAAGGGUUUCCUCGUCGUCAUCGGCUGCGGUGGCUGUGGCGGAAGCCUUGAUCGGGGGUUCCGCCGGGUCAUUUGGAAGUGGCCACGGAAUGCAUCAUCUGCUGCAUCAGGGUGGGUCACAUGGCGGAGGGCUACUACAUUAUCAGCAACAACAGCCUCAGUCGCAGUCAAUGUCUCAGCAGCAUCUUCUUCAGGAUGGCGGCGGAGGCGGAACUGGAGAGUUGAUGAUCGCCUGCGGUGGAGGGGGGACUGGAGGGGCCGCAGUAGGGGAUUCCGAUGUCAAGGUUCUAACGCUUGCUGAACAGAUAAUCGCCGCAAUGCCAGAAAGGAUAAAGAACGAAUCCGAGGAAAUCAUGUCCCAGGGCAGUCCAAUGCCGGAAACGCUCAGUGAAGAUUCAUCCGGGAUGGGCAUCCUGACGGACUCUUUCAUGGAGCCUCUGCUCGAUCCACUGUCGUCAUCCCAGUUGGAGGAAUUCAACUUCGAAUACAGUGAUCACAACUAUCGUUAUCACGACGUUGGUACGCCAUGCUCCAGUCUGAGCCCUGCCUCGUCCGGUCCUCUUCAGUCACCGGCCAGCUAUUCCAUCCCGCAAGAUCAACCCGUGGGUUCACCCAGUCCACCACCAACCACGCAGGACUUCACCGAAUUCCUGCAGACAACCAAUUCGAAUCCUUUCGAGAAGGAUUUCUCCAAUCUGAAACUGACUGACCGCGAACAGCGAGAGCUCUACGAAGCGGCCAAGUGCAUCCAGAAAGCGUACCGUUCGUACAAGGGUCGCAAGAGCCGCAUGGAAGAACAGGACAAGGAACGUUCCGCAGCGGUUGUGAUCCAGAAUUACUAUCGACGGUACAAGCAGUACGCCUACUAUCGGCAGAUGACCCAAGCGGCGGUCAUCAUCCAGAACGGGUACCGAUCGUACUGCGAGAACAAACGGUUCAAGAAAUCUCAAUCCAACAACGCGUCCGUACAUCUGGGUGGCGUCGGAGAAAGUGCGGAAAGUGCCGAGGAGGCAGCUUCCUCCUCGCAGUGCAUACAGAGCUACUACAAAAGUUUCAAGAACGAACAGCAGAAGUCACCCCAGCAGCAGAACAAUCAGGGCUCGCCGAAGGAACCGAGCCCGUCCGGUCCACUGAAACGAACUUAUUCGCAACGAACUCAAAAUCAAGCGGCUAGGAAAAUUCAGCAAUUCAUGAGACAAUCCAAAAAUAAUACCUGGGAUGAGCAAAUGACAAACUUGGCUGCAGAGAGAACGAGCCGAAAAAGAGAGGCAGGUCCACCAACGCAGGGCGGAGUACCUCCAAAGCUUGCAGUAUCACGGGGUACCGGGAGCACCCGAAGCUCCGCCUACCAGCGAUCCAAAGUGAACUGAACACUCCUCCACUGGUGCGGAUGACAGAAAGGCCGAAGGCAGAAGAGCAUAGAGAAAGAGAGAGACAGCACAGGGCAGAGGAGAAUCUCCAAGCCAGCGAGCGCCGCAUUUGUUACGCAAAGAGUUAAGAGUUAUUCGUUCAUUAAGUUACGUUUUAGUGUUUUACAAAGACGUACAAAAGAUUAGUUAUUUUCUUCAAAACGUCGCAUAAGGGGACAUUGAAAGUUUGUGUUGAAAUUAUAUUACAAGUGAAAAGAUUGCGAAUAAGUUUACAUGGUUUAAUUUGUUCAUCAAUCGGAAUCGUUUUAGCCCACUGUUUUAUUGCGUGGAAGAUUUCGCGCUUGCAAGCUUGCGUGCAAGAAGGUGUCCAAUCAGAACUUGCAUAGCAUUAUACUUUGGUGAAAAUGUGGUGAAUUACGGCAAGGGUAGAAUCAACAAUCGCGGGCAAUUGAAAAACUAAAUCAGAUACCUGACUUUUUAUAUAGACGUGAAAUAAAAACUAACUACAGAUGAUGUUAAAAAGCAAAACUUGAUUAAAAUAUGAGCAAAUUGUGAUUAUUGUUUUCAGAUAGGCGUUUCCUAGCCUACUUCAGCAUAGAGAAGCUGCAAACGAUAGAUAGAGUAGAACGUUGGAAAAAGGAAAUUUAUUGUAAAAAUACAAAUUUAAAAGUAGAUAUUUUUACUAACGGUAGUCAAUGAAAACUCUAAGCCAAUCAGCAAAAGAAUAUUUAUAGAUGAACCAGAGAAUAAGAGAGAUAAAAUUUAAUUAUUGCACAGCUAAACGAGUAAAGUUGGCUAGUCUAGUUGGAAAGAGAGAAGAAAAGAUCGAAACACCACCCAAUAAAGCAAGUGGAAAAUAUAAAACUUUGAAAUCGUUGGCUAUGGUUGUUAGGGUUGGGUGGAAAAACUUGAUCUUGCAACAAGGUCGUGGAGCGUACGACGAAAAAAAAUCGACGACCGUGGCUUAGAUUUGCCAUGGGGAGGGAAAAAAAUGAAAGAAGUGAUAAAGAGAGUGUAGAUCCGCGUAAGUCUCCGAUUAAAAUUGAUCUAUUUGUGGGUGCGCACUCUUGUGUAAAUACAUGAUUGACGAGUCGUUAGACGAAUGUUUAGGACCUAAGAGAAACGAAAAAGUUAUUUCACUAGAGAAGGAACUCUUUUUAGUUUUCUAUUUAAUUGUUGAUUUUGUUGUUCUUGAAGAAGUAUAUUACCGUAGAAAAUUAAAGAAAACUGCUACCGUUUAUCUCUUUAUAAAUGAAAACAGUAAGUCGUGUGAAAUAUUGAUGAAUUUUGAGCAUUACGCUUUAAUCCAAUGCGCUAAACUUAUUCUAGGGAUUCAUGAAGAAGCAAAUACACAUAGACACAUACAGAAUAUAAAAAAAGGUGAUUUAUUUACUUUAUAGAAGACGAGCGUCCAUCUUAUGACUUUGAAGACUUGUGAGAGAUUAAAAGAUGCAAAACAAAAUCACUACGACUAAUUGCAAAACUGAGCAAAAGUUCAUCAAUAUUUCUCGAAACAAAAAAAUGAAAACGAUAAGAAAUUUAUGAUGCAUACAAGUUUACCACAACAAAACACAUCCAUUUUAUUCUAAGAUAUUUAAAACCAAACCUACCACACAUUAAAUAAAAUAAAACAUCAACUACUACUACAGCUAAGUUAGAGGAACUUUGAUAGAUGACAAAUGAUAGGUUGAACCAGAACUUUUGAGGAAAUCUCUUUUAAAGAACAUUCAAAUGAAAAAAAAAAACGCAUAAUCUUUAAUCAAAAACGUUACUACCAACUUAUUACAUAUAUAUAUUGAAGAGAACGAUAGGAGGUGACGAUAAAAAAACAUAUACUAAAAGUGAGAAAAAUUCAUUCAAUUAAGCAGUCAUAGAAGCAUGAACAUCACACCAUUUUCGCAUUGUUAUCUCUAUCAGGUGAAAUGUAGAAAAGGUUUUUUUUAUUCGGUAGAUAGAUAUUCGUUUGCUUUUAUCGUUUGAAACGAUGUAGGGUUCGCAAAAGCGUUUUUUGUAGGAUGGAGAAAGCAGGCUUCGAUCAAGUAGGCUUGGGAUGUAUGUUUCCUGUAUACGUAGAUUAUUUCAAAUUUUAUUCGCUUUUAGUCGCCUCGGGCUACAAGUGAUAAUGGUUGAUUUAAUCGUUCAUCAUAUUUGACAGACAGUAAUUUGUUUCGAUUUUGUUAUUUUUGAUUAAAAUCAAUGUUUUAAAGAUAACAAUUAUUUUUUAAGAUUGCUGAGUGUUUGACAAUGCACUUUCCAAACUUAAGUUGAAUCUUUUACAACAGACAUAAUUGGAGCUUCUAGAGAACAAAUUUGACAAUGAAAAUUCAAUCCUCCUUGUAUAAAAACUUUCUCUAAAAUAUUGUAUAUUAGCUGCAUUUAGUCCACACCCAAUUAUUUAGGGUAGCGCAAGAAAAAUGAAACAUAUAUAACAUAAACUUUUUAACAUCGAAAAUUGGCAGGUCCAACAUUCAAAAAGAACAUUUUUCCACAGCACUCGUUGAAUGAAACAGUAAUCAAAAUAAUCAAUCGAUUGAAGCUUUAAACUACGAAACAAAAAAAAUGAAGAAUCAAUUACCCUAUUCUACAAACUGAUCCAGCACACAGAAUGUUCCACCAGCUAGCGCUGAGUCACAGUUUUCCCUUAGAUCUAUUCUAAUCCAAACCAAAACUAUGGCAAACCUGUUGCGCUGCCCCUAACACUGAACAAAAAAAGUAACGAACAAAUCUUAUUUCUUCCAUUUUCCGAUUCUCAAUAAAACUUUUGAAAAACAUUAAACAAAAUCUUACACACACAAAUAUGCAUAAGCGAUUCAGUACACUAACACAGACUCACAGUUGAAGGUGGUUUUAGUGAUCAUUCAUUGAUCGCCGCUUUUUAGGUAAUUCGAAUAGCAAAAGUCUUUACAUUUUAAUAAUUAUGUUAAUCGCCGUUAUCGCAAUACUAGGUCGUUUCGUUGCCAAUGUUUUUCUUCUCUUGUUUAUCAUUUAAGUCGAUGUAAUCGAUUGCAAAAUGUGCCGUUAGGUUUGCUUUAUAGGCCCUAGUGUAAGUUUUUCGACGUAUCGGUCUAAUGAUAUCCAAUAAAUUGUUGUUUCUUUUAUGCUGUUCCCAUGUGA